AUGAACAAAGUUGGUCUGGUGAAUUCUGUAAAGAGGACCAAAAAAGCUCAUAAGGAUAACAUUGAUUUAGCGUAUCGGCGUGCAAACAACUCAGAUGAAGCCUCUGAUGCUGAUACCGAUGUUGAAGAACAAGAAGUUGAAAUUGAUGGCAAUAUGGGCAGUCGUGGUGCUGGUGCUAGUGCUGGUGUGGGUGCUAGUCAACUAGUUUCUCAGAAUCAGACAAAGAGAAAGAGGAUAAGCCAAAGUAAUAGUAGAGGUCCAAUUGAUUUAUAUAUGAAGACAGACCACCAAAAAACUCAACAGGCCACUCUUGAAAGAGACUCAGCUGUGAAAGAGAAGUUAAUGAAGACUGCAUGGAAAUGCAUUUCAGCUUGGAUGACUGAGAAUUCAGUAUCAUUUAACACUGUUCGUUGCCCAAGUUUCAAAGAAAUGAUAUAUGCAAUAGGCGACUAUGGGAAAGCUAUGCCCCCACCAUCUUACCAUCAGAUUCGUACGAAUCUUUUCAAGGACCGGUUAGUAGAAAUGAAGAAAUUUGUUGAUACAUUUAGGGAACAUUGGAAGAGGUUUGGAUGUUCUAUCAUGUCUGAUGGCUGGACCAAUAAAAACAAACAAGUUCAUUCAAAACAUAAGAGUCGUCGUAUGAAGUUCAAAUUGGAAAAAUGGGAGAAUUCACAACUUUAA